AUUUUAUUUAUUCCGCGGUCAUACUAAAGAGAACUUAUAAGAGCGAAUAAAAUGUAUGGCGAAUAAAAGUAUUUAAGGAACACGCAAUCUCUUUAUUAGGAAAAAAAUUAUGUGGGCUCUGCUGUAACUGUGAAUACCUUUUUUCAAUUUUUAAAAGUACUUAAAUUUAUCCCAAAAUUGUCGCAAAAUUUUUCAAACUCAAAUCAACUUUGUUUUGUGUUAAUCAGCGUGAACAGUAACUCCCAAGAGCGUGGUAUGGAAAGAAGUAAACAGUGUUUUUUCAAGUGUCAGAUGCCGACUAAAUGGGCUAAACAAUUUAAAUUUACCAAAACUGUUAGUAUCCUGGAAUAUUUGCUUAAAUUUGUUCAUGUUUUGGUACAAGCGGAAAAAAAAUUGGAAACGAGAUUAAAAAAUGAAAAUUUAAUUGCAAGAGCAUGCCGGGUGCUCGGCUCGGUAACAAUGAAAAGCGCAAGUUUCGCCUCUCUUAUCACAAUUAUCCUUUUUGCCAAUGGUAUCAAUGGAACUGCGGUGCACUUAAUGCCUAUGUCGUCAUUACAAAAUGCAGCAAGUUUACGUACACGAAUGACGAUAUCGAAUUCGUUUCGAAUAGUGGGUGUUCGUUUGGAAGCGGACACUGUAGAGACAAAAAACGGCAUACCAAGUGUAUUGAUAGAUAAGGAACAAACUUUUCGAGUUUUCGGUAGCGGAUUACAAAGCAAUACAGAGAUAACGUUUACCAACGAAAAAAAUGAUUAUGGUGGUCCAUGUCUAAAACCAGCUACUGACCUGUUCACCCCGAUAGAAGUCGCCAGUGAUGGGUUUUCAGCAAUUUACUCAGUAAAAUUUCCGUCAUAUAUAAAUGAAUUUUAUAUAUGUGCGAAAACUGCUGAGGAAGCAACAAAUAUAAGCAAAGCUGCAACCACGACACCUUUGGAGCAUCAAGGAAAUUCCGACUGUUUAAAAAUAAAAACGCAUGAACCAUUACUACCUGUAUGGCUGGCCAUUAUUAUCAUUGUAACUUGCUUAUGCUUCUCGGCGUUGUUCUCUGGGCUUAACUUGGGUUUAAUGUCAAUGGACCGCACAGAAUUAAAGAUACUGCGGAACACUGGCACGGAAAGAGAAAAAAAAUAUGCGUCAAAAAUCGCACCUGUUCGAGAUCAAGGUAAUUAUUUAUUGUGCAGUAUUCUCUUGGGUAAUGUGUUGGUUAACUCAACCUUUACCAUUCUGCUGGAUGGUUUAACUUCUGGACUGUUUGCUGUUAUAUUUUCCACAUUGGCCAUCGUUCUCUUUGGUGAAAUUACACCACAGGCAGUUUGUUCAAGGCAUGGAUUGGCCAUCGGAGCCAAAACCAUUUUAAUAACGAAAACGGUAAUGGCAAUAACAGCACCACUUUCGUACCCAGUAUCGCGUAUUCUGGAUAAAUUAUUAGGCGAAGAAAUUGGUAAUGUUUACAACCGAGAACGUUUAAAAGAGCUUGUUCGAGUUACUAACGAUGUAAACGAUCUCGAUAAAAAUGAGGUUAACAUCAUAUCCGGAGCUUUAGAAUUACGUAAAAAGACAGUUGCAGACGUGAUGACGCAUAUAAAUGAUGCUUUCAUGCUCUCAUUAGAUGCAUUACUUGAUUUUGAAACUGUGUCUGAAAUAAUGAAUUCUGGUUAUUCUCGUAUUCCGGUAUACGAUGGUGAUAGGAAAAACAUUGUGACUUUGCUUUAUAUUAAGGAUUUGGCUUUUGUUGAUACCGAUGACAACACGCCAUUGAAAACGUUAUGCGAGUUUUACCAAAACCCGGUUCACUUCGUUUUUGAAGAUUAUACCUUAGACAUCAUGUUUAAUCAAUUUAAAGAAGGAACAAUUGGGCACAUUGCUUUUGUGCACCGUGUAAAUAAUGAGGGCGAUGGAGAUCCUUUUUAUGAAACUGUCGGUUUGGUUACUUUAGAAGAUGUAAUUGAAGAACUGAUUCAAGCUGAAAUUGUCGACGAAACUGAUGUUUUUGUUGAUAACCGUACAAAAACUAAAAGAAACCGAUAUAAAAAAGCUGACUUUUCAGCCUUUGCUGAACGUCGUGAAGUGCAAGCCGUUCGGAUUUCUCCUCAAUUAACAUUGGCUACUUUCCAGUACUUGAGCACUGCUGUCGAUGCGUUUAAAAAGGAUGUUAUUUCGGAGCCCAUUUUGCGGAGAUUACUUAAUCAAGACGUGUUUCACAACAUUAAAACUAAAGCAAAAAGUAAAGACGAUCCAAGCCUUUAUAUUUUCACCCAAGGAAAAGCUGUCGACUUCUUCGUACUUAUAUUGGAGGGUCGAGUGGAAGUUACAAUUGGGAAGGAAGCACUUAUGUUUGAAAGUGGCCCUUUUACCUAUUUCGGAACACAGGCGUUGGUGCCAAACGUAGUGAUCGACUCUCCAACACAAAUGGGUUCCUUGCAGUCUUUAAAUAUGGAUUCGAAGAUUCGACAAACUUUUGUACCUGAUUACUCCGUUCGUGCUAUAUCUGAUGUCAUUUACAUUGCAAUCAAAAGGGUUUUAUACCUUACGGCAAAAAAAGCUACAUUAUUGGAAAAAAGUCGUAAAUCAGGAACAUUUUCAAAUGAGACAUUCGAUGACGAAGUGGAACGUUUAUUACACUCUAUAACAGAAGAUGAAAAAACACCAUUCCUUGUUCCAAAUCAGUAUACAAAGCGUAUAUCUUUAACUAACCCGAGCGGAAAUUCUUCACCUUCGAAUAUGGAUUUACCUCACGACGAGAGGACUAAUAGUGUUAGUAAACACAUUCAUGAUGAACGAAAGCAAGCGGAUAAUGCUUCAAUAAGUAGCAGUUUAGUUGCUUCAGAAGUAGAAGAUCAUCAAAGUGAAGGGCACGAUAACAGAUAUAAGACAGCAGCUUCUAUACCCCUUUUGCCAAAGCUUGGUGAUAUAUCCGAAAAUAAGCAAAGUAAGCCCCAAUAACAGCAGAAAGAUAACCAAAUUUGGAGUAAUAUUAAGUAAAAGUAAUUUUAUUAAAAAUUCAAAGCCCUUUAACAUUAAAUAAAAAUGUCUACCUUACUUUUUUUUUUAUCAUAAUAAGUGAGCUUUCUUACAGUAAUGAAAAUCAAUAAAUACCUUUCCGAUGGUAGUAAAAUAAAUAUAUAGACACAACCUAUAUUUGGUUAUAAUUAUAAAUUUUUUUUCUUUUUUAAUAUAUUGUUGCCUCGUAAAUAAUGUACUUAAAAAGUUAUGUCAUGCCGCUUGUUUUACGUAUUCUUUACUUACAUUCAUUUAGAUGUGGAUUUCAGAUUGAGUGAAAUAUAUGUUUAAUACAUCAGCCAAAUAAAAUGUAAUACUGCUUAGCUAAAACUUAAAUGCGUUUGUAAACACAGCCAAAUUGGUGUAUACCCUGGCAUUUCUUAAAUAAAAAUAUAAAAAAUUGGUUUUUUGUUUGAUCCUUA